CUUCGAUUAGCGUGGUUUUUCCAAAUCACAGCAACAAGCACUCACGAAAAAGCCAUCUCGAGCGCAACUGAUUUGCGACCGCGUCCCAUCGACUGCUGCACUCGACACGCAUCAAUGGACUCGACAACAUCCAAGACCAGCAGCUUCAUCAGCCCGAGUCGGUUGGUGCCUGCCACGACCAACAGUUUGACCUUGGACUUGCCCAAGGUCCACCCCCACACAACCACGCGACCAGGCAGUCCCAAGAUGGAGUUUGCGACGCCACCCACACGCACUGUCACCCCACCUCCCAUCAUGAAGCUUCCACACUCGUUCGCGUCUAAACACGUGUCGCAUCCACCGCAUUUGCAGCUUAAAGUGUCAGAUCCAUAUAUCACCAUGGACAAGAAACUCGCGACGCUCAAGAUCCCGUCCGCGUGCGAAACCCCAUUGCACUUCACACCACCACCGCCGUUCCCCGAAACGAGUCCGAGCGAGAAUAAGAUGAUGGACGCCGAUUUUGCCAAACGGAAAAAGGGGACACGGCGAGGCACGUUGAAUCCCGAAGCAAAGAGUGUGUUGAAAGCUUGGAUGUUUUCUCCUGAGCAUUUUGCACAUCCGUACCCGAGCGAAGAAGAGAAGGAAGAAUUGGCCGCUGAAGCCGGCAUCGAAGUGAAGCAACUUUCCAACUGGUUCACGAACGCUCGCAAACGAUUAUGGCAACCCGUCUUGCGUCAGUCUGGCGUGGAAGUGAAAAAUUUCCUGUCAACGGGUCGAGGAGGUCCUCGUGGCGCCAAGUUAGAUGUGCCAACCAACAUUUCCUUCCUUGCGGGGUCGAACUCUCCCCCAUCGUCACCGCGCAGUGCUGGAUCCAACGACGACGACGACAACGUCAAAUCAGCUUUUCGGAUUGCAUCUGUGCCAGACAAAGUUGUCAAGCGCAUGCGACGAACAGAACCCCAAGACAACGAAAGUGGCAAUAACUCGCCCGCGUCGUCAGAAGACUCGUUUGAACACCACAACAAGGAAGGAUUCCGCGAUGUUGAAAUCUUGGCGGCCAAGUCGCUGCUCGGGUUGCAUCGCGAGUACCAGUCGGUCCAUUGACCACCGAGACACGGCAGUAUCAUUAGUUAUCCUUAAUUUUAUUCCAUAUAAGAUAAUACAACGCAUCCUAUUUCGCGCGUCC